GGCAAUGGGCUCAGCAUAUGCAAAUACCCAGGUAUAGGAAAUAGAUUGCUGAUUUGGAAGAACUGAAUUAAAUCAAGUAGAUGUGAAGCUUUGACAACUAAAAAAAAAAUGUGUGCGAUUCAAGGUUAGCAUUGGGUAAUAGAUGUGGGGUGAUGCAGCAGUUUUCCUCAUUGACCACCUCGAACACUUUAAUUUCUAUGGAAUGCCAUAGAAGGGUUUUAAAAAGGGGGUGACACAUUUGUCUUUACAAAUGAGUUGACAUACAUGGCCAUUAGAGGACACAGGGGAACAUAAGGAAGCUAUGGCAAGACUCAUGCUCAAGUAGAGGGUGGCUGGGUCUGGGGAUGUGAAGGAUGUGUUCAGAGCUGAAAGAUGGUUGUGAGAAGAAUCAGAAGAAUGUGACUGAUUGGACAUAGCAGGUGAUGUUUGUUUCCCUUGCCUAUGGGACUCUUGUGGAGAUGUUCUAACAACUGCUAUAAUACAGGAAGGGAAUGUUGAGGAAGCAUCUACAGCAAAGUGCUCCUCUCCUGCCAUUUCCAGGACCUCCUCCUAAAUCGCAUUUCUCACUGUAGCCUUGUUUCUGUUGCCAGGACAACCUUGAAGGUGAUGGAACAGACAGCACAAGAACUUGGUGCUGGUUUGCCCCAGCUGAGGCAGCUUGCUGCUGUGCAGCCACUUCUAUGGAAAGGGAAGUCAGAGAAGUUCUUGAAGGGGGAGCCCAAGAUUCUUGGGGUUGUUCAGAUCCUGAUUGCCCUGAUGAAUCUCAGCUUGGGAAUAAUAGUGAUGACUGCCUCAUUUUCAUCUUAUUAUUUCAAACCCUUUUCAGUGUACACGGGGUACUCAGUGUGGGGCUCGGUGAUGUUUAUUAUUUCAGGAUCUUUUUCAGUUGCAGCAGGAAAUAGAACUACCAAAGGUCUGGUCCAAAGUAGCCUUGGCCUGAACAUCACCAGCUCUGUCUUUGCUGCAGUAGGAUUCAUACUCUAUGCAGUCAGCGUGGCUGUUUUUUUGCACCAUUACCAUUACUGUUACAAUGACGAUAAUAGAUCAGAAAAUUGUUACAUGUUCAUAUCCAUUUUGUUGGGUAUGGAAAUUAUCGUGCUCAUUUUAAGUGUGCUGGAGUUCUGCAUUGCUGUGUCCCUUUCUGCCUUCGGAUGCAAAGCAUGCUGUAACCGUAGUGAGGUUGUGUUCAUCCUGCCAUCAAAUCCUCACGUGGUAGAAACAGCACCUCCUGCAGAUCGACUGGAGGCUUGACGCCUCCAACAAACCAAUGGAAAAAAAUGUUUCAGAAAAUCUAUCUAACAGUAAUGCAAGAAUCUCUCUUGGGAAAGCACCAGAAUCCAACUCUGAUUUUUAAAAUUUAUAUUUUAUUAAAAUGCAGAGUCACAUUUUCAUUUCCCCGAAGAACUCAAUAACUUCUUUCACCUGCUCUUUAUCAGAAUAGAAAAAGUUAAAUAAAUACAUCAUGCAUUUAAUGAGUCAACAGCAUUUGAAAGCUUUCCGUCUAGUCUCGGGACUUUAUGUAAGGGCAUCAAGUUGGCAGAUAAAACUUGGCAGCCAAAUUGCAAAAGAUAUUGUUGACAUGAGGACUCCACUUGUAGAUAUUUUCUAACUCAGCAUAUGUUUUUGUUUUUGUUUUUGGUUUUUUCUCUUUCACAUUCUGAGUUACAUUCAAGUAUUUGUUUAAUUAUCCACUCUUCUUUCAUGCAAACUCUUUUUGGGAAAAUGAGGCUCUUCUCUCCCUAUCCCAACCUACCCAUCCCCUCCAGUGUCACAGGCAGGCCAUAGCUAGAAAAAAUCAGUCAAGAUAUUGCAUUUUCCUGGUUGAGGACUGGGCAGUAACCUAUUAGGGGCCAAUAGGGUGAACUUCAAAAUUAUUUCCUUUAUGAUGAUAUAGAUGAUGUGUAUCUCUUACUGGAUAUAAAUGAGGAUGCAGGUAGUCUGCUUUAUUACUGACCGAUGUAUCUGUAAGAUAAAGUCAAAUCAAGAAAACAGAGCAAGAAAUGGAAAUAAGAUGUGUCCUUGAGUUCAUGGUUGAAAAGAUGAACGAACCAAUCUUGAAGCUUGUUCUAACCCUGAUUUUUAAUAAAUUUUUUUUAUGGUUUAAGCCA